AUGCUUGAAGACAACAACGAUCACUCUAAUGCCCUUAAGAUUUAUACAGAUGGCUCCCAGGUGAAUGGAACGACAGGCUGUAGCUAUACCAUCAAACGAAAUGGAAGCACCUUAAGGUCUUGGAAAGGCUUUCUGGGCGCAGGCAACUCGGUCUUUCAGGCGGAAGCCGAAGCCAUACGCCAGGCAAUCCUAGCAGCGAGUCAAUUUAGCUACUCCACCGCAGAAAUACACACCGACAGCCUGUCAGCAAUUCAUGCAAUUCGGAAUCCUUUUCACAGGUCGCCCAUCAUAGGGCGCAUUCAGCAAACCCUGCACCAGUACGAAGGACGCAUCCUCAUCUUCUGGAUUAAAGCACACGCUGGACACCAGAGGAAUGAGGAGGCAGAUUUACUAGCCAAAGAAGCCGCGAGCAAUCUCGAUGCGGAACAACUGGCAAUAAAAUUACCAAAAUCCUAUGUAAAGAAGGCUGUUUUAAACGCCGCACUCAAGCAAUGGCAGGAAGAGUGGAAUUCUAUUCCGCAAAGAAGAAGGACCUACGAAUUCGCUCACAAAGUCAGCCUUGACAAACAGAUAUCUCAGCCACACAUCACCAGAUUUAUAACGGGUCAUGGUCCAUUCCCUGAAUAUUUUCUAGAGCGAAGAAUAACAAACACCAACAUCUGUGUGUGUGGCCAGCCAGGUAGCCCGGACCAUUAUGUCACCUUCUGCCCACUAACACGAGAGUGGCACAUGCCGUUUUACAACACAGAUCCAGCCUAUAAAAGAUUCUUUAUUCGCCAACCAGCGGUACUUAAAAAACUCAAAAGUAUUAUGGACAGACUGCAAGCAUUAGGCCAGGACUUGUGUGAUUCGGCUUAA